UCGCUAUUAUCCUCUUUUGUCAGUUGGGCCGUUUGUUUCAAAUGCUUGAAGGUCUUGGUACACAGAUAGAGAAAGAUGUAUUGUUGGAUAAGUAUAGGAAGCCUGUAUUGAAUUCUGUAUUUAUGGAGGAAUGGUCUAGUCUUACAAAGAAUUUUUUGAAGGCUCUUCCUUACUCUCUUACUUCAAGUCAGUUAACUGCUGUUUCAGAGAUUAUUUGGGAUCUCAAGCGGCCAGUUCCCAUGAAUCGACUUUUGCAGGGAGAUGUUGGUUGUGGGAAGACUGUGGUAGCUUUUUUGGCAUGUAUGGAGGUUAUUGGUGCAGGUUAUCAGGCAGCUUUCAUGGUUCCAACUGAGUUGCUUGCUGUCCAGCACUAUGAGCACUUUCUUAAUUUGCUAGAGAAUAUGGAGCAUGUUGAUUGUAAACCUUCUGUCGCUUUGCUAACGGGCUCAACCCCAUCGAAACAAUCACGGCUCGUUCGUGAGGGUCUCCAGAGUGGAGAUAUCUCAUUGGUCAUUGGUACCCACAGUCUAAUAGCAGAAAAGGUGGAAUUCUCAGCUUUACGCAUUGCAGUGGUAGACGAGCAACAUCGUUUUGGUGUAUGA